UUGAUGAAUGUCUUAUGACAAGUUUAUGAAGCAGUUUUGUGAAGUAAAAUGUGACUUCUAAUGUAACACGAGCAUGGAUGAUACAAGGGUCAUGUGACUAAGGUACUGUGUUUCCUCAAUGAGGUAUACUUUCAAAAUGGUGGUUCUUUAUUACUCAAACUAAAAUUAAAAAAUUAAGAUUACCAUGGAAAAUACUGUAAACGAUUCAAGCAUAACAGAAACUUCAAGUUUUGAAGUGUCGUAUAAUUCUAAAAAUAGUGAAACCUUGGAUGUUACUGAACACGAGUGUUCGAUUGAAGAAAGAUCGGUCUUUGUGCAAUCUAGUGAACAAACUAUGGCAAACAGUGUGGGUUCAUUUCAUAGAAGAAAUUUUCAGGAGAGUGACUUAGAAACAUCAAGUAUUUGCGAAAACAGUACUGAAGAAUUAUCACUUAUACAAGAUAAUGUGGAGAGAAGGCACAUCCACAAGGUUUCCAGCAGUUUAUGAUUUUAUUGAUGAUGAACCACCGCCACCCGUAAGAGCACCUGUUUUGUGCGAAGAAGAUCUUUUUGAACGGAAUUCGGAUUAUAAUAGUACAGAUACUUUGUCCAUCAUUAGCUCAACACUGCCAACAAGUGGAUCUUCCACACAGUCGGAACCUUUUGAUUAUUUGGAAUAUGAACAUCCUAAUUUCAAGAAUAGUAAACCAGUUUCAAAGGGACGUAGAGAUAAAACCAACACAACGACUAUGAUAAUGAAAAAAGUAGGUUCUUUGGCAUUAAAGAAAGCUACGAAAGAGUGUGGAUGCGAAAGAAAAUGUACUUCUAAAAAAAUUCUAUGAAAGAAAAGUUAUAAAGAAAUUGAGAACAUUAUAUUGAACUCUAGACACGGAAGAAAGGGAACAGUGUUUUUCUGGAAAAUUUGAAGACUUUCAACCAUCAUCUGAAAGUACAUGUAAUCAAAGGUUUACUUUUCGUAUAAAUGUGGUUUGUCAACAAGCAUGGUUACAAGGACAUGGUAUAACAUAGAGUAGCUU